AUGCACUUCCAACAUUGCCCUGGGGGAAAAAUCAGGAGUGGGGGCAUGGCAUCCUCUUCUGAGAGCAACAGGGACUGGUGGAAGUGCCUCUGGCAGCUGGCCCUAGAGACCAUUGACAUCAACAAGGACCCUUAUUUCAUUAAGAACCACCUGGGCUUGUAUGAAUGUAAGCUGCACCUGACACUCCACAACAAUGGGGGGGGAGCUAUCUCAUGCAUACCCAGGGGGAAAAGCACCAGACCUACUUGGCACAAGGAGGGUAAGGAGGCUCCUGCCCAGCCAGCACUGGAGAAGGUCAAGGUGAAAAUGAAGAAGUUUGUGAAGAUUGGCUGCCCAGGCUAUAAAGUGACCAAGCAGAGGGACACAGAUAGGCCAACAUAG